GCCCCAGAGCGGAAGUGAGCUGUCGGUGUCAUGGUCCCCUCUUUGCGCCAUGGCGCGCGGCAAGGUGGACCUCCGCGCCGUUCUGCUGGAGCUGCGGGACGCCGAGGUCUGCGCCGUGCCUCAACCGGCGCAGGACCAAGAGCCGCAAGAUGCAUUGCGGGAGCACGCGUUGAGCGCGGCAAAGGAGGAGAUUGCUGAGCUGCGGCUGCGGUUGCAGCAGGCGCAUGCGGAGCUGGCGGACCGGGCAGCGGACCGAUUCCUGGGCUCCGACGUGCCAUACCAGGAGCAGGUGAGAACCUCUCGGACUACUCCCAGGCGAUUGGUGGAGAUGUGGACAGGUCAAACAUCCUGUCGCAGCUACUUCCAGUUGUGGCACAAAGAGGCCCAGCUGUCGCGCUUGCAGAGCGAUCAUCAAGCGGAGCUGCUGCAGAGGGGCCAGGAGCUGCGGGCGCUGCGCCUCGCUUCCGAGGCGCCGCCGCCGCCUCCGCCGCCGGCGCGGUCGCCGCCGAAGGUGCGGGCGCCGGUGCCAAGAGCUCUGGCGACGGCCUGGGGCGCGCUGGGGCAAGGGCUGGCGAUGCUGCAGGUGCUGCGACUCUGGCGCCAAUAUGCGGAGGAUCAGCUGAGGCACCGGCAGAGCUUCGAGCUCUUCGAGUUGCGGGCGCAGCUGCAAAGCCUCUCCAGGCGGGCAGCGCAAGAAGGCGCCAGCCGCUGCGAGGCGCUGCAACUUGGCCUGGCAACCAGCCGUCUCCGUGCCAAAGGGCGCCUUCUACUCUGCUCCACUUUGCUUCGCUGGCGCUGCGCGGCCACCAGCAGCGCCUCGCGGCGGCAGCGUUUUCUGCUGCACAGACAGCAGCGGUCGCGGCUGCUUGUGCUGCGGGUGCUGUACUGCUGGCACGGGGCCCGACUCAGCGGUGCAGUACAGGAGCUUCAGAGGCGGUGCGGAGAUUUGGAGCGGCACCUGCAGCGGGUGCACGACACUGCGGAAGCCGUGCGGGACUACAACCAGCGGAUCGUGAAGACGGCGGUGUUUGAGGUCUGGAUGCAGGCGCUGAAGCAACCGCCCGAGCGAUUUUCCUACCGGAAGAUCCCGCCGUCGAAGCCUGUGCUCGCUGGGUGCUGAACGGUGCUUCCCAAAGAGCACGCGGUUUCAGGGCGGAGUGGCCAGAUC